AUGGCCCGUGCGAAGCCUUCCUCGAGCGGGGCUGCGCCUCGUGAUCUGCGAAAGCCUGUUAGGUGGCCUGGUCCUGAGAUCGUUAACCUCGCGGACAGUAGUGAAGACGAGCUUCCGUCGUUCAUGAGGCGCCGCUCGACAAGCAAAGGCGACAACGACGACGACGAUGACUUGGCGGAAACCCUUCGCCGGCUAAGGGAGAAGGAGGAUGUCAUGCACGAGCUUUCACUCAGGAAACCACUACGGCGAUUCGAACCAGACGAAGCGGAAGAGGAGGAAGAGGAGGAAGAGGAGGAAAUUGAGGCGACUAGACUCGAGUUCACUUUCGUGUCCGACGACGAUCAGGAGUCGAUCGACACCGCUGAAGACGUGGAGCCGACCCCCCAAAGCGCUGCUCACGGGUGUCGACCAGCUCCCGUUGGUCUAUACCCACCUUCCCCAGAUCCUAAGGUGGACGACGACGACGAUAUCGCCAGCGUAGCGUCGCGCAACGCGAGGUCUGCGCAGGACAUCCACAAUGAUGACGCGUAUGAUCCGCGCGCGUCCUCGGCCUCCACAGAUAUUGACGAGUUGGAUGACGACGUCAAGUCCGAACCCGGGAGGCGGAGCGGUAGCGCCGUCGGGAGGGACCUAGAGCCCGUGACUCUCAAGCCCCUCUGCCUAAAGCCCGUCCAGUGCAAGGUUGAUAACCAUUGGGUCUACCUUUUCUUUCGCUUCUGCGCCGAGCGGCACGCGAUGUACACUCGCCGCGCGGCGGGUGUUGCCCGCCACAAAUUGACGAACGACGAGACGAUGAAAGCGAUCCACAUCGGUAACGUCUACCGCCAGCUCGACCCGUCGAGCGCCAACAUGCGCAACAACAUCAUCGGCAAGGGCGACCAGAGCGUCGGGGAAGUCUGCUUCCGCGUCUUCCUCUUCUGUAUGUUCUACAAGGACACGACGUGGGAGGCGCUGUGCAAGGCCGUUGGCGGCAUUCCUACAUGGAACAAUUUCGAGACCGACAUGCCCGCCAUGGAGGCGACGCUUCACCAGAUGAGCAUCGUCGAGCACCAGAGGCUGUGGCGCGGUGCUUUCCAAAUUGUACCGCCUACGGUCUACUUUGCAAAGACGUACAGGAAUCGAGGCAAGGACAUGGCGCAUUACGCGGCGAGCUUGCGCCUCGUGCUGGCCAUCAUGAAGGCCGGGAUCCCGGCGCGCCUCGCCAAGUGCACAUAUGCCGUUGACGCGUCGUAUGUGCUCGGCACGGUUCCGACGCUUGGCGGGUUUCUGGGCCUCAACAUCCUGUGUUUCCUCAACGACACGACGCACUUCAAGUGGCGCUACCGCGACUUUGCGACGUGCGGGCCCGGGUCGCGUAAAUUCACACAGCGGAUGUUCGGCAAGAACAUCAUCAACAACGUGGCGAUGGAGGAGGCGGGGCUUCGCUGGCUGGCAGAUAACCAGUGGCGGUACUGGGCACGGCUAGGCCUCGACCCACCCCACGAAUGGGAGAACGGUCUGCGACCUGGGAUGCGGGUGUUAGACGUCGAGAAUGCCCUCUGCUGGGCACUCCGCUACGUCAACGCCUACGUGAGCAAGGGCACGCGAUCGCUGGCCAACAAACCCGCACCAACAUACGACGCCCAGGUGACGGAGAAGUGCGGUCCGCCGGCGUGGUGCGUCGAAAAGAAGUGGCUCGGUAGCACCUCGCGCGCACCAUGGGACGGGGAGCACGCCGAGGAGGACGACCACGUGGGUUCAAUGGGUGACGACAUUUACGAGAUCGAGAAGGUCGUUGCGCGUCUUGGACAGCCCGACGAUCCGGACGGGCUCUUCCGCGUGCGCUGGACGGGAUGGAUGCCAGAGUGGGACACGUGGGAGCGUGAAAGCUCACUACGGGUGGAUGCCGAGGAAGCGUUGGAGGAGUGGCUCGAGAUCGAGCGUAAUCUUCGGGCGGCAGUUGAAGAUGUCAAGAACAACAAGCCAUUCACGUGGCCAGAUGGGCACGUCAUCAAGAUGGAGAACUACACGCCCGUCCGCGAGGUCGGGAAACAGGCAGCGGGGCGCGCGGCGCGGGCAGCGAAACGGGCUCGGGUCAAAAAGUAG